GCGGAAAUAUAUUUUUUCGCUAUUCAAAAUGGCACCGUCUCAAUCAGGAAGUGGAGAAAACAACUAAGAAGAAUAAGUUGGAUAAAAUCCCUCGCUUGUGUUUUACUUUGACGCCGGGUCUUCGCUCAAACGCGGCCGUUUCGCUCCGGGGUUUCGGAUUGGGGACAAAGUAACACGUUAACGGUCAUGGAGAGCAUUUGCCCUUGCUAGAGGUAUUAUCUCAGACACAGCCAGCACGUGGGGUGACAGUCAGAGGGUGCCUAGCCUAAGUCAGUUGGUGGUCAUGUGUGAAGCUGUGGUCUGAUGCCCAUCCUCCCCUCAGCACUGGCCAUGGACGGGGAGAACUACCUGCAUCCAGAAGGCCCUCAGCUGGACACCACCUUGUUCUCUGUGGCCUCCACAAACAUGGAGAGUUCAAUAUACGCCUCCUCUGGUUCCUGGGGACCCUACUCUCAGCAGGCUGGAUACAGCAUACACUGCCCUAUGCAAUCUGGAAACCAGCAAUACCACUUGAACAGCAGCACUACCACCACCACUCCAGAUGUGCACAUGGACAUGUACUCUGGAUUCUCUGACGUGGACUUUACUGGCCUCAGCCUCCCUAGAAAUGGAGACUUCCCCCAGGACCUGUCCUGCAUUGAUGACCUCUCGACAAACUCUCUGUUCUCCUCACCGGCUGACUCGCUGUCAGAGUACGCUGAUGCCCAGUCCUUCAUCAGCACAGAUAACCUGGACACAGUGCCCACCCUCUGGGACGUCAACACUAGUACAACCACCACACCAGCACAGAGCCAGCUAGAGCUGAAUGGCACUGGCAGGUUUCAUGGCUUGGCCAGUUUGGAUGAUAUAACUGCUAUUAUCAGCACCCCACCUUUAGGAGGAUUCCAGGUUCAGAGAACCCAGCCUCCGCCGGAGGAAGAAGAGGAUGCUGAGGAAGAGGAGACAGAGGAACUGGGACAUGUAGACACAUUUGCUGAGUACAAACCUUCCAAAUCCACUAUAGGAAUUUCUCAUCCUGACAUAGUGGUGGAGACCAACACUCUAUCCAGUGUCCCUCCUCCCGACAUCACAUACACUCUGUCUAUCGCUGAGACAACGAUCAGCUCUGGCCUGCUGUCCGCUCUGCAGCUAGAGGCCAUCAUCUACGCCUGCCAGCAACACGAGGUUAUUCUUCAGAACAACCAGAGGGCAGGCUUCCUGAUCGGAGAUGGAGCAGGGGUCGGAAAGGGACGCACUGUGGCAGGAAUCAUCCUGGAGAACUACCUUAAGGGAAGGAAGAAAGCACUAUGGUUCAGCAUAUCCAAUGACCUGAAAUUUGAUGCAGAGAGAGAUCUCAAAGACAUAGAUGCACCGAAUAUUCCUGUGCAUGCCUUAAACAAGAUAAAGUAUGGAGACACAGCUACCUCAGAAGGAGUCCUGUUUGCAACCUACUCUGCUCUGAUCGGAGAGAGCCAGGCAGGAGGGCAGCACCGGACGAGAAUUAAACAGAUCUUAGAUUGGUGCAAGCCAGACUUUGACGGAGUUAUUAUUUUUGAUGAAUGCCACAAAGCCAAGAAUGCCACAUCUACAAAGAUGGGCAAGGCAGUGCUUGAUCUGCAGAACAAGCUGCCAAAGGCCAGAGUGGUGUAUGCCAGUGCCACAGGUGCCUCUGAGCCAAAGAACAUGAUCUACAUGAGCCGCCUGGGAAUCUGGGGUGAAGGCACACCCUUCAGAACCUUCGAGGACUUCCUGCACGCCAUCGAAAAGAGAGGUGUCGGUGCCAUGGAGAUUGUUGCCAUGGACAUGAAAGUGAGCGGGAUGUACAUUGCCAGGCAGCUGAGUUUCUCAGGGGUGUCUUUCCGCAUUGAAGAGAUCGGACUGGACAGUGACUUCAAAGUGGUCUAUAACAAAGCUGCCAAACUGUGGGCGGAGGCGUUGCAGGUAUUCAUGCGUGCAGCUGAUGAGCUGGGCCUGGUCAGCAGGAAGUCUCUGUGGGGACAGUUCUGGUCGUCUCACCAGCGCUUCUUCAAAUACCUCUGUAUCGCUGCCAAGGUCCGGUGCCUGGUUGAGCUCGCCCAAAAAGAGCUAGCGGCUGGAAAGUGCAUCGUCAUUGGGCUGCAGUCCACCGGAGAGUCCCGCACCAGAGAGGUCCUGGAUGAGAAUGACGGGCACCUGGACAGAUUUGUCUCUGCAGCAGAGGGAGUAUUCCAGUCUCUUGUAACGAAACAUUUCCCAUCAGAGAAACAGAGAAGGGAGAAGGCACCAGGGAAUAAGAGAAAACGGAAGCCCAGAGGUCGCCAGCACAAGGUACCCAAGCAUACCGUGGACAGCGGUGGUGUGAUCAACAUCAGUGAUGACAGCAGUAGUGACUCUGAUGGCAUGGAUACAGACUCCAACUCUUCACCAGACUCCCUGCUAGACAAUGAUGAUGUCAUCUUUGUGAACCACACUAGCUGUCAGACAGCCAGGAUAGAGGAGAUGAAGCAGGCCCUUCUCAACAAAAUCUCUGUACUGGGAAAAGAACUACCUCUCAAUACCUUGGACGAGCUCAUUGAUAAGUUUGGAGGACCAGAUAAAGUCUCAGAGAUGACUGGUCGUAAGGGUCGUGUGGUGCGGCGUCCUGACGGCAGCGUUCGUUAUGAGUCACGGGCUGAGCAGGGUCUUACCAUCGACCAUAUUAACAUCAAGGAGAAAGAUCGCUUCAUGAGUGGAGAGAAGUUGGUGGCCAUCAUCUCCGAGGCGGCCAGCUCUGGUAUUUCCCUGCAGGCGGACAAGCGAGUCAAAAACCAGAGACGCAGGGUCCAUAUGACCUUGGAGCUGCCUUGGAGUGCAGACCGGGCCAUUCAGCAAUUUGGUCGCACCCAUCGGUCCAAUCAGGUGACGGCCCCAGAGUACAUCUUCCUCAUCUCGGAGCUGGCUGGGGAGAGACGUUUUGCCUCCAUUGUGGCAAAGAGACUAGAGAGCUUGGGUGCAUUAACCCAUGGAGACAGAAGAGCCACAGAAUCCAGAGACCUGAGCAAGUACAACUUUGAGAACAAGUAUGGUACCAAGGCUCUUGAUAAAAUCACCAAAGCAAUCCUUGGACACAUAGAGAACAAGGUGCCCCCUCCCAAAGGCUACCCCGCGGGUGACGCUAUGUUCUUCAGAGACAUGAAGCUUGGAAUGAUGGACGUGGGCAUCUUCUGUAAGGAGUCUCGCUUCGGGAUCAGUACUGAGAAAGACUGCAGCAUAACCAAGUUCUUAAACCGCAUCCUGGGCUUGGAGGUCCACAAGCAGAACUAUCUGUUCCAGUACUUCACUGACAACUUCGACUACCUGAUCGAGAAGGAUAAAAAGGAGGGCAAAUACGACAUGGGGAUCUUGGACCUCGCCCCAGGAAACGAUGAGAUUUACGAGGAGAAGCAGGAAACUUUCUUGACUGUUGGAAACCCCCAGGAUGGACAGGUUGUUCUGUAUAAGAUCAGCGUGGACAGAGGUAUGCCCUGGGACGAGGCCUACAACAGGUCGCUGAAGCUCAGCGGUCCCGACGAGGGAUUCUACCUCUCACUGAAGCUGCGAGGAAACCACCCAUGUGUGCUGCUGGCCGAGCAAGGAAGAGGGAAGAACCUCGUCGUCUACAAGCCGAACAUCGGCAAGCAGGCUCACCCUGAGAGUCUGGACAACCUGCAGCAACGCUACCACAAGGUGACUCCCGAGGAAGCCAGGGACAGCUGGGAGAACCAGUUCAACUUCUCCUUCAGGAAGUGUAGCCAUGCCAACUGGAACGGGAAGUGUAAGAAAAUUGAGGAAGGCCAGGAGUGUCUGCAGGGCAUGCGUCUCCGUCAGUACCACAUGUUGUGUGGUGCUCUGUUGCGUGUGUGGAAGCGCGUAUCCGACGUGGUGUCUGACAUCACCAGCUCCAGCAUCCUGCAGAUCGUCCGCCUUAAAACCAAGCAGCAUAACAAGCAAGUCGGCAUCAAGAUCCCGGAGAACUGCGUGGCCCGCGUGCGCGAGGAGCUGCUGAUAAUGGACGAGGAGGUGAAGAGGAGACGAAAGGAGAAGGAGCAGCAGCGGCUGGAGGAGGAGCGCAGGCGUAAAAUAGAACAGGAUAACAAACACCUCCAGGCGAUUCUGUUCAACCCGAAUCCCAUGGUGAACCAGUCCCUCGCUCAGUCCCUCGCUCAAUCCCUCGGCCACAAACAGAGACAACUGCAGAGACUACAAGUCCAGAACCAGUCCUCUUUACAGCAGCCCUCCCAGAACCUAACCAUGUUGCCCUUACAGCGAAAUCCCAGCCAAACCCAGCAAAGGACCCACAACAGCUGGCCCAACAAUUCCACCACCACCACCUCUACCAACAACCAGGGCCCUCUGCCCAACAUGCGUAGCCUCACCUCCAAUUUGUUUUACCCCCAGUCCUUUUUAUCGUCGUUCCCACAGCUGAAGAACUCACUCCAUCACACACACGCACUGUCUUCCAAGAAUCCCAUGGAUGAGAUCUUGGACUUGACUAUGAGCUCGCCAUCCCCCUCGCCCGACACCACGGAGAGUCUGACGAGACCGUCUGCAGCAUUCGGAGAUGAUUUCAUGGAGUCUCUGAUCUCUCAGAAUGCACCGAAUGCCCAGCACGCUGCACAGAUACAGCAGCCUCUUUUGCAACAGCAGCAGCAGCAACAGCAACUUCUACAGGCAACGCAACAGCAGCAGAACCACAGCCUGCAGCCUAGCAACUCCCUAGACUUAAUAGAUUUUCUUGACUUGCCCCUGUCUCCCCUGUUGCCCACACAGAAAGCCAGCCCUUCAUCCUCUACCUCCUCCGGCUCUUCCUCCACGUCCUCCACCUCUUCUGUGUCGAACAACCCCGUUUCUCACGUCGCCGCCGGCCUCCUGCCCGCGUCCACCCUCAAUUCAACAUCGUCGUCCUCUUCUCUCUUCUCCAGCCCGUUUUCCAACUCUUCCUCUCACUUCUCUUCCCCCUACCUCCUCCCCCAGUCAGACUCUCUCACCUUACCUAACGGCCACUGCACCAACGCCCUUGACGUACGCGAGGCUCUGAACAGCAUGCUGGCCGGACCGGACCGCAAAUCUGUCAUUCAGUAUCGGCCACAAGACUGAGAGCUUUAGACAGCAACAGCUCGCCCGGGCGUUUUGUUUCUGUUUUGGUCUCUUUCGAAGCAGAUUGUGUCUCUGUCGCUGCUGUCUGUGAUCGCACCCUCGGACCUACUCCCUGUCCUCCCCUCAGGGCCUAUAGUCACGUCACUGCCUGUCCUGCGCUCGGCUCACCCUUCUCUUCUCUUCUCCACCUGUAGCGUUCACCCGCUUUGAAGGCUGUCGAGGUGACAGCGGGCUCGAUCAAUAUCAAGAUUUCUGCACCAAAGUGUGUCCUCCACCGGGAAAGGCAGCUGUAAAACAAAAACAAAAGUGACAGGAAAAAAAAACCCCGACAACCAACGUGAUUAACUGUAUUUUAUUGAACAUACGAGCUGUCAAAACAAAAGCUCAUUCAUUGAGGUGUGGAAAAUCUUUUAAUAAACGUCCCGCUGCUGAUUUUACGAGGUAUGAUUGGUGAAGUUGCUGGAAGCUCUGAAUGCCUUUCACCAGUUUAAAAAAAACAAACAAACUGCAUCUUUUUUCUUUUUCUUUUUUUUUUUUGCUUUCCUGUUAAUUCGCCUCAUGGCUGUUUUUUUUGUCUCGACUGAAAACAAGGCUUGCAUUCAAAGCUUCGUUUGAGUGAAACAAAACAUAGUGUUCAACUGGAAGACGGGGGAGGAAAUGAAAUGAUGGAAUCUUUUUAGCUGAUUUUUAGCCAUGAAAUGCCUCAGUUUUCUUUGUUUUUUUAUCUCCUUCUUCUUCUUCGUGCUCCUUCUUGUCUCUCUCCCGGCUUAUAUGAACACUAGUGUGAGGAAAAAGGGAGAGGAAGAGCAGUCUGCUGUUGCAAACAGUGCCUUUUGGAGAAAUCUAUAAAUGCAGUCUUUAAAAAAAAAUCCAUGUAGCCUAAUGUAUAGAUUUGUACUCUUGAGCAUUGGUUUUAAUUUAAAUGGUAUAUUUGUAUUUAACAUUUAGCCCCCCUCAGUCAGUUGUUUGUGUUACACUAUGCUGGUGGUGUGUUUCAGGAAGAAGCCUCCAUCAAGCCUGUAUGCGCUUGUAUGAUUGUCUGUGUUGCUGCUUCCCGACUGUCCCCGUUCAUAACACGACAACACGCGGGGUCGACACGGCAACAGAUUUGUUGAGCAGCGUCCAAAAAUUCUCUCACACCCACCCACCCGAGAACAUUUAGUGAUGUGACUCCUGGUUUGAUUUAAUUUUGAAUUUCUCAGGAAAGUCUCGAGUGCGUUGUUGUUGUUUUGUUUUUUGUGUGUGUGUGUGUGUGCGUGCGUGUAUGUGUGUGUGCGUGUCAUUCUGACCAACACAGAUAUGAAAAUUAGUUUCGAGUCUUCAAUUUCAGCGGAUAACAAACAAGGACGUUUUCAUUGUCUUGAUGUCGUGACGAUAAAAUCCCGUUGUCUUUAAAGCGAAGCCUCGCUUGGAGAGAAAACAUGUUUCCAUCUGAGGCGCCGAGGCUUUAAAAACGUGUGUAGACUGGUGAUGUUCACUGUGUAUGAUAGUACAUAUUUAAAAGAAAAUGCUAAAAAAAAAAUAAUAAUAAUAAAACCUGUGAGAUCUGGCCAUCUUUGUGUGAAAAAGGAUGCACUGUAGUUGGUUCAUGACAAAUAAAUCAAUAAAAAAAAAGAACGCCGGGAUAAGUUAAAGUGAUUAAAAAGCAAUAAAACCAUAGUCGACAUUUGUUAUGAGACAUAAAUGCCUAAGUACUGUUUACGCUCAACAGGCAAAGCUUUGUGGUUACUUUUGCAUGGUAUGAAUCUUCUUAUUUCUGUUGUUCUUCAUAGUCUCUUUAGCUAAACAGAUUCUGAAAUGCAUACAACCUUUUUUGUAUAGUAAGUUUUCACGGGAUGAGCGCAAUGCGCUCUUGAUGUUUUAGUCAUCGUUAUUAUAAAAGUUAUUGUUAUUUAUAUUUAAGGGAUAUUUAGAUUUUAGAUAUGUUAUCCUGCUUAUUAGAAGAGUUAACGGAAUGUUUGGUCAGGGAAGUUUCUAGUUUUCAAGAUUGCUAUAAAAAAAAAAGUAAAAAACAAAUUCUAUUAUAACCUGCCACCAAAUAAGAUUGCACUGUUCUGUACUGCUGUACAGUGUCUGGAUUUAUUUCUGCUCAUUUUCAUUUUUUUAUUUUAUUUUUUUUGUUUUGCUCUCUUGUUUCUCCGACUUUUUUUUGUUUUUUUUUGUCAGGCCUUGAGUUUGCAGAGAGAUACCAAAGUGUUCCACAGACAGACAAACAGACACCCUCGUAAAAAAAAAAGUUACUGGCUCUUAAGAUAUCAGAACUUUUUUUUUUUUUAUCAAUCUCAGGAAGAAAAUAAUAAAAAAUGAAAUAAAAAACCUACAAGAGGUGUAACGGCGGGGCGUUAGCAGAAAUAUAUCAUUUCCCCUUUAUAACAGUGGUGAAACUAACCAAUACAUGUGCUAUUUUAUUUUGUUUUUUCUUAACUCUGUGCUGUGACUCUUGCUGUAUUUAUGUUUUUAGACUUAAUGUGAUGGGUUUUGUCAUUUGUCCUCGUGAACAUGUCAGUGAUUUUUAAACGUUUAUGCCUUCUUAGGGCAAAGAUCAAAGGCUGUUUCUUUUAAAGGAACAUUAUUUUUUUUUUUCUGUGGACAGUUAUUAUUAUUAUUAUUAUUAUUAUUUUUCUUUAAUUCGUGUUAAAGCUGACAGUUUCGUUUGAGUCGAUUCACACCUGGGGUUACACUGAAACGUGCAAUUGAUCUGUCCAAGCCUUUUUUACUCCUCCCUCAGUGUAACAAAUGUUUAGGACUGACUCAGAUCCCAGAUCUCUUGUAAACGCUUCUUCUUCUUCUUCUUUUUUUUUUUAAAAAGAAAAAAAUUUGCAUCAUCUUUCUUCUAUAGCAUGUUUUCCUCGUACCCUCAUUAAUUUUUGCUUUUAAUAUUCCACAUCAGGCACAUUCCGAGACGUCAGUCUGCAAAAAAGAUUUGCCUUCGAUUUCUGUGUAUUUUAUAGUCAACACAAAUAAAGCUUUAUGCAUUUGAGGGAUAUGGACCGCAUUUUUAGGAACCAGUGUAGUUAGGCCUUUUAUCAUUUUAUUAUCAUUUUGCACUAAGAAUGGCAUAAUCAAGUUACUGUUCUCUCGUUGGUUAUGAUUGAGCGUUGCAAGCUUGUUUGUGUUUCUGAUCUUUGAUGGAUAGCUCUGUGUAUACUGUAACCAUCUUUUUCUCGUUUUUUUCUCUCCCACCAUUUGCAUAUUAUAUGUUAUCAAUGUUUAUCACACUCAAAAUAAUUUAUUGCUAACAAAAAAAAAUGAAAACAAAAAACAUGCUACUGAUUGUAUGUAUUUUUAAACAAAGCCUAUUUUUUCUGUAAAAAAAAAGACAAAAAAAGAAACUGUGUUCAGCACUUUUAUUCUGGGUUGUGCUUCUGUUUUCUAUAUAUUUAUAAUUUAGAUCCAAAUGUAUAUAUUGUAAAAUUUGUGCCUUUCGACUAAUUCUUUAAAAAGGUUUUCUACUCAUUUAAGGAAGGACUAUAUGAAAUUGCAAUCUUAACUUUGUAAACAAAUAAAAACGUGAAGAUUGCUGAAA